AUACCAUGUACAAUGACUUUGUGAACCAUCCAAGCAUGAAAGAGUUGACCUCUAGGGUGGUCUGGAUUCAUGUGGAUCUGCCUGGACAGGAGGAAAAUGCACCAGAUCUGCCUGCAGAUGAGUUCCAUCGGAAUGCCAAAAAUUGGGAAGGGGGUCCGCACCAGGUCGGUGUCCAUGGAGGAGGCUGACAUGCCCAAAAUUCGCACAGGAUCUCUGAGUACAAGCCCACCCAAGACUGAUGGGCAAACGGGGCAGUAGUCUGUGACCUGUCUGGACCUCAGCGUGCACUUGGUAUAGUCUAUUGACUGAACUGACUUGUAUUUAGCCUAUGCUGGUUAACUGCCAUGACUUAAGGAGACUUUCUGUGGCACACUUCUCAUUUAGCAGCCUUUGCAAGUAGGCAAUGAAAGAACUUCCUAAGUCAGGGUGGUUUUCUUUGCUGCUUGCAGAAGAAUUCAAUUGUUAAGAGAGAGAUUUUGAAAUGGUUUCAUAUGUGAGGAGACAUGCUUGUUGAAACAAAAUUGUUAAUGUUAAGAAGUGACCUUUAGAAAUUUUCUUCAGUAGCUAAUUAUAUACAUGAAUUAUCUCUUGUCGUCUAUCAGCAGCAAUAAUUGUAAUACAGAUUGAGAGGGAAAAAACAUUGUGUUACUUAAAGGAUAAUUUGAUUGUUAUGAUAAUUUGAUUCCACAAAUUUAAGUAGUCACUGACUUGAGUUUUGUUAAGUUUGAAUAUUACAACAGGGAAUUAAUACAAUUUAGUGUAAUUUCUGUUGUAUGCGUAAAAUAAUGUACAUGUAUCAUAAUGACUUGGAUCUUUUCAAUGGACAAAAGUGUUUCAGACAUAAUUUCAGAAUCAAAUAAAAAUUUUACAAAGCAUGUGGUUUUUUACUGCAUAGAAUAGAACUGUAGGGUAACCUGCUUUCCUAUUUUUUGCUGCACUCAAGAAGAGUGUUCUGAUUUAAAGAACUUUUGACUUAAAAAUAUAUUACCUGUAAAAUUCACUUUGCCCCAUUGAAAAGAUAGAGUCAUUACUGUAAUUUCAAGACUUAUUAGAUGGUGAUGGUAGAAGGCAGUGUCACAAAAUGAGUGGUACCUAAGAAUUGGUCAUCCUAUUGACAGAAGCUGAAAUAAGUAGCUUGUGAAGAGUUGAGCAAGUUGUCCAGUGAGAUUCAAACGUAUAUACUGUCAUUUCAAUAGUCAUUGAUCAAAAAUGUAUGUAACAACUUCCCACUGAUUAUAUCUUAUAAGCGCACUUGAUCAUAAUUGUAAUUCCAUUCAGAUGCAUUUACAUUUGUAACACUAAAUGGCAUUUAAGUUUUUUUUUGUACUAUUUCAGUGUACAUAAUAUGAUUAAAAUAUUGCUUUUGUGUUCUUGUUAGUGUGUUUCACUGCCAAUCACCCGCAUCGUGUGACGAUUUAAUUGGAAACUGUAGUAACACAGAUUAUAAAUGUUAGAUUGAGAUUUUUUCCUUUUUGUAGGACUCUGAAAAGGGUUGCAGUAAAUAAAAAGAUCUUUUUUUGUUUAGACAUGAAAUUUUGAUUUCAAAUGUAAUUAUGGUUUACUGUGCAGAAGCAGACAAACCUUAUUGUGUUGCACUUGCUGGUAUCAGAAUGAACCGACAUCAAACUGUAGGCAUACAUGUUCAAGUAUGGGUACUGCUUUUAGCUUACACCCAAAAUAUGUAAAAAUAUUCAGGGAUAAUGCUCAUUUUCAACACAUCAUUUAUAACAUGGGUGUUUAAUUUGAAUUUCCAGCUAAGAAAUCGAUGGUGGUGAUAAUGAUAACAAGAUGAAAGUCAUUUAUUACAUUACCAGAAGGGUAUUUAACAUGUAUAUUGAUUACCUCAAGUGUCAAUUCCAAUGUAAUCAUCAUCAGUAAAUAAACCAUAGUGGCCAAAUUA